AUGGCGAGUCGACAAUUACGCAAGCUGCGAAAGCAGCAAGAACUCUUGAACUCACAGAAUGAAGCCCCUGAGAAAAAAGAAGAGACCAGCGAGGAGGAGGAGGAGGAGGAGGUAGUGGCGAAGCCCCGCGGCAACAUGUUCUCCUUCGCAGCGCUCGGGGACUUGGGUGACGGCAACGACGACGACGACGACGACGACGAUGAGGACGAGGAACCAGAACCAUCAAGACCGGUAGAGAAGGAAGUUGCCAGUCCACAGGCCGAACCUGCCAAGAAGAAGUCCAAGAAGAAGAAAAAGAAGAAGGGAAAGCAACCAUCAGAAACCCCGGUAGCAGAGCGCCCCAAGGCUAGGGAGGAUGAGCUCGAGAAGGCACUCAAAGAGCUCAACAUCAAGGCCAAAAAGCAACGGGCCGGCGCUGCAUCAACAGCAAGCUCAUCAAAACAAAACCCGGACGACCAGCUCAACGACCUCUUGAAGAUCGACAGCCGACAUCUCAAGGCCGCGAACGAGAUGCGCCGUUUGUUCGGCAAGGCUAUGGAUCGCGCCCAGGUGGAGGAACGCCAGGAAACCCGACAGAGAAUUCUGCCAGAGAAUCUUGAUCUUGAGACAUACCUAAGUGCUGUUGCCACCGACCCACGUCGCUCGGGGCCGGCGAAGCCGGGCAUGUUUGAGACGCUCCUCCGCACCAACCCUUUCAUCGAGGGCAAAAAGUCGUGGCCUAGGGGUGCGGCUCAGGGGCUGAUCAUGAAGCGCCUCAGCGAAGGCACACCUAAUGUGGUCGAGUUCACGUUUGCCCACGAGAAGGCCUACGAUGAUCUUGAGGGGUCGUUCUUUCAGCUUGUCCAGAUGGGAGACCCCAUGCAGAUCAUCCACUUCUUGCACCGGAACCCAUACCAUGUGUCGUCUCUGAUUCAGGGCAGUAAGGUUGCCCGACAGGACCAGAACUCAGCUCUCGCUGCUGAUCUCAUUGAGCGUGCUCUCUUCACCUUUGGCCGCGUUACGCUUAGUGAUUUCCGCCGCAAACUUGAACAGGGCAAAGCCAGGAUCAGCUUUGCCAGGCCUGAAAACAGACAGUUCUACCUCGCUGGCUACAACUUGAUCCAGAAGCUCAUUCUCAAGGGCACCUAUCGAACCGCCUUUGAAUGGUCUAAGUUGUACUUGAGCCUCAACCACGAUGACCCUUACGCCCUGCUCAACUGGGUGCCCGUUCUUGCGCUUCGAUCCCGCGAGGCGGAGUGGUUUGUCAAGUUUUGCGAUGCCCUCGCUUCCAGGUGGCCGGAUGCGGUCUUGUAUCCUCUCCAUACUCUCCCCUUAGCCUACCUCCAGCUCGAUGACUACGACGCGGCGCACAAGACCCUCGUCAAGAACAUCGAGGCUCUGCCUUGGCUCUACUGCGCCUUGUUUUCCGCUCUCAGCCUAGAUACUCCCCAGUCCAUCUGGGGUGUCACUCCGCGGAACGAUGACGACAAACUUUAUACAGAGCUCUACCUUCACAUCUCCAAGGACCUUUGGAACAACCCCAACGCCAUCUCCCUCCUCAAAUCAGCAGCAGACAAGGCCAAGAAGUCCCUCCCGAUAGACGUCUACAGAUGUCCCCAAAGCCCAGAGCCAACACUCGCAGUAGCAAGAUUCAUUUACCUCGACAGUACGCCGUCCCUCAUGACCCUCGUCCCAAGGAAGCUGCUACACGAUGCUUCUCCGAACUUUGAGUUCGACCCCCUGCCACCAGCGGCAGUAGACAACAUUUUUAGCAGCGAGAUUCAAAAACUACCCUGGAAACCCGAUUCCAUUGCUACGCGAGGCCUGUUUAGCACUCAAAUGGACCCUCGCAGAGAAGCCGGGAUGCGGGCGGCAGCCGAGCGGUUGCUAGCCGAGAUGCCCCAGGAAGAACUCGAAGCUAUGCUCGAGGUUGAUGACGGCGGUGGAGGCGGGAUAAUGGGCUUCUUUAACGCGUUGAUGGGUAGGGUCCGACCACGCGCUGCUGGGGAUGGGGGUGCCGCUGCACAUGAACAACAGCCGCGAGGACCGUUCCAGGCUACGGUUGAGGAUGGGGAGGAGGAGGACGACGACGACCAUGACGAUGAUGAUUCUGAUGAUGAGGACACCACCGAGUUUGGGGGUAACUGGGAUGGGCGGACGAGGCAUGACCUUGAGUUUGGCGUUGAUGAGGAGGAUGAUGAGGAGGCGGAGUGGACGGAUCCGGAGGACUUUGAUGGGGAGGGGGCGUUUGGGGAAGGACCGAGUAUUGCGGAGGUUAUGGAAUAUAUGAGGAUGAGGGUGGGGUAUCCUCCUGUUCAGAUGCCGGGGACUUGGAUGUCGGAUGAGGAGGAUGAGGAGGAGAGUGAAGAGGAUACUGAUGAGGAGAUGCCGGCGUUUGAGGACCCCGAGAUGGUGGAUAGGGGUCAGGGACAGGGGCAGGCUCAGGGGUAG